AUGACUAGGAAGAAGGUGAAACUUCAAUAUAUCUUUGAUGAGCCGGCAAGGAAAGCAACUUACAGGAAGAGGAAGAAGGGUAUCAUAAAGAAGGUUAAUGAACUCACCACUCUUUGUGGGGUGCCUGCAUGUGCUAUCAUUUCUAGUCCUUUUGAUUCUCAGCCAGAGAUUUGGCCAAAUCCAGAGGGAGCCAAGAAUGUGAUCGAAAGGUAUCAACAUACAGCUUUGAAAGAUGACCGUAAGAAUGUGGACCAAGAGAGGUUCAUCGUUCAAAUGAUUUCCAAAUCCCAAGACCAAAUGGUUAAGGUGUGUCAUCAGAAUCGUCAAAAGGAGUUGACCAUGGAAAUGUUCAAGUAUAUGCAUGAAGAAGCCUUGCCAGAAAAUCUGACUGCUGAAUAUUUGAAUGAUCUCAAUAGGCUGAUUGAGGAGAAAAUGAAUGAGGUCGAUACUCAGCUCGCUAAGCGCGAAUGA